AUGUUGGCACAAAGUUCUUGUCCUUCCUCGCUGUCGGCUGUGUCGUCUCCAGCCCUCGUGCCACCCCGGCUGUGUCGUCUCCAGCCCUCGUGCCACCUCGGCUGUGUCGUCUCCAGCCCUCGUGCCACCUCGGCUGUGUCGUCUCCAGCCCUCGUGCCACCCCGGCUGUGUCGUCUCCAGCCCUCGUGCCACCUCGGCUGUGUCGUCUCCAGCCCUCGUGCCACCUCGGCUGUGUCGUCUCCAGCCCUCGUGCCACCUCGGCUGUGUCGUCUCCAGCCCUCGUGCCACCCCGGCUGUGUCGUCUCCAGCCCUCGUGCCACCUCGGCUGUGUCGUCUCCAGCCCUCGUGCCACCUCGGCUGUGUCGUCUCCAGCCCUCGUGCCACCUCGGCUGUGUCGUCUCCAGCCCUCGUGCCACCUCGGCUGUGUCGUCUCCAGCCCUCGUGCCACCUCGGCUGUGUCGUCUCCAGCCCUCGUGCCACCUCGGCUGUGUCGUCUCCAGCCCUCGUGCCACCUCGGCUGUGUCGUCUCCAGCCCUCGUGCCACCUCGGCUGUGUCGUCUCCAGCCCUCGUGCCACCUCGGCUGUGUCGUCUCCAGCCCUCGUGCCACCUCGGCUGUGUCGUCUCCAGCCCUCGUGCCACCUCGGCUGUGUCGUCUCCAGCCCUCGUGCCACCUCGGCUGUGUCACUUCCAACCACUUUAAUUCGCUCUUAGAAAUGCCCAUCACUGCAGUGUCCGGCCCCUGCUGUGAGGGACCCCAGCCCUCCGGCUCCUCCUCCACCCGGCUCCUCCUCCACCCGGCUCCUCCUCCACCCGGCUCCUGCUCCACUUGGCUCCUCCUCCACCCGCUCCUCCUCCACCCGGCUCCUCCUCCACCCGGAUCCUCCUCCACCCGGGUCCUCCUCCACCCGGGUCCUGCUCCACCCGGCUCCUCCUCCACCCGGCUCCUCCUCCACCCGGCUCCUCCUCCACCCGGCUCCUCCUCCACCCGGGUCCUCCUCCACCCGGGUCCUCCUCCACCCGGCUCCUCCUCAACCCGGCUCCUCCUCCACCCGGCUCCUCCUCCACCCGGCUCCUCCUCCACCCGGCUCCUCCUCCACCCGGCUCCUCCUCCACCCGGGUCCUCCUCCACCCGGGUCCUGCUCCACCCGGCUCCUCCUCCACCCGGCUCCUCCUCCACCCGGCUCCUCCUCCACCCGGCUCCUCCACCCGGCUCCUCCUCCACCCGGGUCCUCCUCCACCCGGCUCCUCCUCAACCCGGCUCCUCCUCCACCCGGCUCCUCCUCAACCCGGCUCCUCCUCCACCCGGCUCCUCCUCAACCCGGCUCCUCCUCCACCCGGCUACUCCUCAACCCGGCUCCUCCUCCACCCGGCUCCUCCUCCACCCGGCUCCUCCUCCACCCGGCUCCUCCUCAACCCGGCUCCUCCUCCACCCGGCUCCUCCUCAACCCGGCUCCUCCUCCACCCCGGCUCCUCCUCCAUCCGGCUCCUCCUCCACCCUGCUCCUCCUCCAUCCCGGCUCCUCCUCAACCCGGCUCCUCCUCCACCCGGCUCCUCCUCAACCCGGCUCCUCCUCCACCCCGGCUCCUCCUCCACCCGACUCCUCUUCCACCCGGCUCCUCCUCCACCCGGCUCUUCCUCCACCCGAGAACACGGCACUGUGUCACGGGUCAGAGAACACGGCACUGUGUCACGGGUCAGAGAACACGGCACUGUGUCACGGGUCAGAGAACACGGCACUGUGUCACGGGUCAGAGAACACGGCACUGUGUCACGGGUCAGAGAACACGGCACUGUGUCACGGGUCAGAGAACACGGCACUGUGUCACGGGUCAGAGAACACGGCACUGUGUCACGGGUCAGAGAACACGGCACUGUGUCACGGGUCAGAGAACACGGCACUGUGUCACGGGUCAGAGAACACGGCACUGUGUCACGGGUCAGAGAACACGGUACUGUGUCACGGGUCAGAGAACACGGCACUGUGUCACGGGUCAGAGAACACGGCACUGUGUCACGGGUCAGAGAACACGGCACUGUGUCACGGGUCAGAGAACACGGCACUGUGUCACGGGUCAGAGAACACGGCACUGUGUCACGGGUCAGAGAACACGGCACUGUGUCACGGGUCAGAGAACACGGUAAGCGCUGUAUCACAUCAGCAUGCAGCAUUAAUACACAAUGGGGGAUGA